AUGGCCGGACACGCACGCCUCUCCUUCAUGGAUGCCUAUUCGGGAUACAACCAGAUCAGGAUGGUGCCCGAAGACAGGGAGCAUACGACCUUCCUCACCGAUCAAGGGGUGUACUUCUAUAAGGUCAUGCCGUUCGGGUUAAAAAAUGCCGGGGCCACAUAUCAGAGAACGGUGAACAAGAUGUUCGCCCAUCAGAUCGGAAGGAACAUGGAGGUUUACGUGGACGACAUGAUUGUAAAGAGCCAAGAAGCCGAAGCGCACCUUGCCGACCUGUCCGUGGCGUUCGCCACGCUACGCAAGUCCGGUAUGCGACUUAACCCCACAAAAUGUGCCUUCGGCGUCACCUCCAGGAAAUUCCUCGGGUUCAUCAUACACGAAAGAGGAAUUGACGCCAACCCGGAAAAGGUUCAGGCAAUCAUCGACAUGCAGUCUCCCCGGACGAUCAAAGACCUGCAACGACUUAACGGAAGGAUUGUCGCCUUGUCCCGCUUCCUCGCCCGGUCGGGCGAUCGCUGCCUCCCCUUCUUCAGGGUGGUCAAAAACCCAAAAAACUUCCAGUGGACGACGGAGUGCGAGGAAGCCUUCAAGCAAACAAAGCAGCACCUGGCUAGCCUCCCCCGACUCGCCUCUGUUUCUCCCGGGGAGAAGCUGGGCCUUUACCUGGCGGCCUCCCCACAUGUAGUCAGCUCCGUCCUAAUCAAAGGAAGCUCCGGCGAACAACUUACGAUCUACUACGUCAGCCACAUCCUGAGUGGACCUGAGGAGCGUUACCCGCUGAUAGAUAAACUCGCUCUCGCCCUGGUACUGUCAGCUCGGAAGUUGCGCCCCUACUUCCAGGCCCACCUGGUGGAGGUCAUCACCGACCAGCCUCUUCGACAGGUCCUAUCUAAAUUUGAUGUUGCAGGACGGCUCCUCAAAUGGGCAGUGGAGCUCGGCGAACAUGAUAUAAGAUACGUGCCCAGGACCGCCAUCAAGGCCCAGGCGGUAGCCGACUUCAUCGCGGAGCUAACUCAAAUGGAAGACAGGGAUCCCGAGCAACCUCCUGAAGCUUGGAUCCUACACGUGGACGGCUCGGCCAGCUCGAAGGGUGCCGGCGUAGGGCUGGUUCUGCUCGCCUCCGACGGACGCGCGUUCGAGCGUUCCCUCCACUUGGGGUUUAAAGCCACCAACAACGAAGCGGAGUACGAGGCACUCCUGGCAGGACUCAAGCUGGCCCUCGAGAUGCAGGUGGCUGCUAUACACGUCUUCACCGACUCGCAACUUGUGGCCGAACAGCUCAGCGGUGGAUAUGAAGCUCGGGACCCAACCAUGGUGAAAUACCUGGCAUGGGUAAGGGACCUAACUGCCAAGUUCCCUUAUUUUACGUUAUCUAAUGUUCCGAGGGAGGAAAAUGAACGAGCCGACGCGCUAGCUAAGCUGGUGUCAAAACCAACCCCUGAAGCAUGCCCGGAGGUGGAGGAGCUCCCUGCCCGCACCAUUGAAGUAGCGGCUGUGGUCCCGGGCAGCGCCCCGAUCACAUGGGUCCAAGAGAUGCUACGCUUCAAGCGGGAUGGGACCCUUCCCCACGAUGAGGUUGCUGCUCGGCGCCUACGUCGUACACACGCCUGGUACACCGAGGAGAGUGGGCGACUUUACAGGCGGUCCUUCACCUAUCCCCUCCUACGGUGCUUGGAACCCGACAAAGCCCAAACGGUCCUGGCCGAGACCCACAAGGGAGUCUACGGAGAACACAUCAGUGGGCAAACCUUGGCACACAAAAUACUCCGCCAAGGUUACUACUGGCCGACCAUGUGCCGGGACGCGAAAGCUUACGCGCAGCGGUGCGGUCCGUGCCAGGAACACGCCCGCGCACCCCGACAGCCCGCGGUCCCGCUCAGCCCCAUCGCGUGCACGUGGCCGUUCGCACAGUGGGGGUUGGACCUGCUCGGACCUUUCCCACCGGCUUCGGGGCAGCGAAAGUACAUCAUCAUGGGAGUGGAUUAUUUCACAAAGUGGGUCGAGGCUGAACCGUUGGUGACAAUCACGGAACAUCAAAUGGAGAAGUUCGUGUGGAGAAACCUAGUGACUCGGUUCGGGUUGCCCAAAACCAUUAUUACGGAUAACGGACCUCAGUUCGCCGGUAGAAGGUUCCGGGAGUUCUGUUCCAGUCAUGGCAUCCAGCUAAGUUUCAGCUCUGUGGCCCACCCUCAGACGAACGGGCUGGCAGAGGUCACCAAUCGGUCCAUCUUGGACGGACUUAAAAGAAGAGUGUCCGUAGCCCAAUCGGCCUGGACCGACGAACUCCCCAGCGUCCUAUGGUCACUACGAACCACUCCCAAGACCGCGACUGGCGAGUCCCCGUACAGCCUGACAUUCGGAACCGAAGCUGUCUUGCCACUCGAGGUGGCUAUUGCCACCCUUUGGACAAGGAGCUAUGAUGAGGAAGUCUCGAACGAGGGACUUCGUGCCAGCCUCGAUAUGCUCGAGGAACGACGUGCCGACGCACACCUGAAGCUCCUUGUCCUUGACGGGUCGAAGGCGGGCCUCCUCCGCCAAUGCUUCCGAGGCCGCUCUUGCUUCGGCCUUCGCCCCCUCUAG